AUGGCUGGCGUUUGUAGCAGAUUUGCUUUUGCGACCGCAACAACUAUAGAGGAGCUGAAAAACUGCUCCAAAAACGAAAACACUGCAAAAAGAACCGAUUCUUGGCUCUCUGUUUGGAAGAAGUGGUGCUUAGAGAAGAAAAUUACAGAUGAAAUAGAAAAUUAUGAGCCGGCUGAGCUUAACACUUUGCUCGAGCAUUUCUACGCCGAAGUAAAAAAUAAACAAGGUGAAGAUUAUGAACCAGAAAGCCUCAAAGUAAUGAUGGCAUCGCUUGACAGACACUUAAAGAACAAAGGCUACACCUUGUCCAUUGUACGUGACCGAGAAUUUAGUUCGUCUAAACAGGUGUUGGAAGGCAAAGCGAAACAGCUUCGCUUGGCUGGCCGUGGUAAGCGCCCAAACAAAGCUCGACAAGUAUCAGAGGAGGAAGAAGAAAUUCUCUGGAAGAGCGGAAAACUCGGAGGUAAUAACCCAGAAUCUUUAAUUCAAACAAUGUGCUGGCUCCUUACCCAACACUUUGGUCUUCGUGGAAGGCACGAACACCACGGAAUGAGACUGGAGGAUUUCAGAAUCAUGAACGGUGACGACGGCAUCGAAUUUGUUGAGUUUGCAGAAGGGCCUACGAAAACAAGACCUGGAGGUUUGAGUGCAAAGCCAAGACAGUUCCAGCCCAAAAUGUUUCAGACCGGGGAAGGAAAAUGUCCAGUUGCUUUAUUUCGUCAGUACAUUAGCCGUAGACCUCCCAAUCUGAGGACGAGUGGUCCAUUUUAUCUCUCGAUAAAGUACAACAGACGAGCCGACGACGAAAUUUGGUACAAGGUACAGCCCAUGGGAGAAAAUAAAAUCAACUCCAUGAUGAAGAGCAUCAUCUCCGGAACCAGCCUUGAGACAUCUGAGAAGCGGUUUUCCAAUCACAGUGCCCGUAAAACAGUAGUCAGCAAAAUGAAAAAGGCGAAUCUCGAAAGGUCGGCAAUUGCAAAAGUCACUGGUCACAGAAAUAUCCAAUCUUUAGAUGACUACGAUGAAGCAGACGAAGACGAACAGCGACAGCUUUCGUGGGCCAUCUCACGAAAGAACAGCACACCGAAGCCAGCGGGUAAUACACCUGGUCCUUGUACUUCAAGUGCAGUAAUUCCUCAUAAGACGAGUUCACAAGCGCAGAAUGUAAUGAAUUCCUUCACCAACUGCAAUGUAACAUUCAACCUCAACAACAAGACUUCGCCUACCAUUCGCCCUUGCAAACGGCGAUUGCGUUUCAUCGAAAGUGACUCCGAUACAGAUUGA